AUGCUGACGGGGCGGAUGAGGCCACAUCGAGGCCCAACGCUCUGUCAGACACUACGUGAGGGGCGCUCUGACAACUCAGAAGUCGUCUCCUGCUACUGCGCUCUACGUCUCCUCUGUCCCAAGGAGGCAGAUAAUCAAGGGUCACCAACCAAACCAAUGAAUCUUCGCCAAAGAACCACAUCACGACAAGCUCCAUCUCGUGAUUCAAUGGUGUCUGACACCUCAAGCUCCACAGGGGACGAUGCCAGACCGAUAGUGGGCUCCAAACUGGGACCAAAACUCGAUCUAAGAUCUGGUCUCCGUGUCGCUACAUGGAACGUUCUGACACUCUGCAAGGCUGGAUACCCGGAAGCCAUGUCUCACGAACUGACACACUACCGAAUAAGCAUCGCUGGUCUUACCGAAGCUCUUAUCCCAGGAACUGGAGAACGUCGCAUCGAUCAGUAUACAAUGUACCACUCGGGCAGUACAGGCCGCACGGAGGGAGUUGCCUUGCUCCUUAAUAACAAGGUCAGUCAAUCCCUUACCGAAUGGACACCAGUCUCAAACCGGAUCCUUCAUGCCCGGCUGCAUCAUAGACACAGUCACAUCACCAUCAUUGUGGUCUAUGCGCUGACAGAGCUCGCCUCUGCAGCCGAUAAGGAUGUCUUUUACAACCAACUGGAACCACUCAUUCAAUCUACUCCACCCCAUGACCAACUACUUGUCAUCGGAGAUCUGAAUGCUGUAAGCGGAAUAGUUCGUGCAGGUUACGAGCGUGUUGUUGGAAACUUCGGUUCUGGACAGCCAAAUGAUAACUCAGCACGCCUCCUCAACACGUGCUCCCUCGCCAACCUGUCAAUUGUCGGCUCCUUCUUCAGACAGAAAGAAAUCCACCGUCUGACGUGGCUUUCCAAUGACGGCCGUACCAGGAAGGAGAUCGACUACAUGUUAACAGGGUGCACAGAGGGACUAGUUGUUGGCGUGAUCAAAAUUCAGGUCUACCGCAAACCACAAAAACCAACCGCCAGACGGCUCGAUGUAAGCUCACUAACAUGCAGCACCAGCAUCGCAGCAAAGUACAACAUUGCGGUCAGCAACAAAUUCGAAGCACUCGGCGCUCUUGAAGAAGACCCAGAGCCUGCUUGGUCCACCAUCCGCUCAUCAAUCCCUUCUGCGGCUUCAGAAUCCAUCGGCAAUCGCAGACCCCAGCGACGUCCUUGGCUGACUCCAAGUACUCUGGACGUACUUGACCAGAAGCAUGAAGCACGUCUCCGUGGUGACACUGACGAAGCUCGCAGACUGUAG